AUGCAACGCAUUCAAAAUCCAGCUAAGGUCGCCCUUCGGCAGCAUAUCAAACAGAAGCUGCAGACCCUAACAUCCGACGAACGUCAGCGACAAUCGAGCAUCAUCAUCGACAAGGUUAUGGCACUUCCGUUCUACGAGCGCUGUCAAAGGAUUAGUGUCUAUCUCAGUACCGACACCGAAGUCAACACGAGGUCCCUGCUGGAGCGCAUGUUUCAACAACGGAAACAGGUCUUCGUACCAACGUACAACAGGAGUGCAAUGAAAAUGGUUCGAAUCAAUGAUAUGGAGGAUUACGACCGGCUACCGACGACCACGUGGAAUAUCAAGCAGCCCGCAUUCGACGACGCAACACGCGAGGACGGACUCACAACAGGUUUGGAUCUAAUCAUCCUGCCCGGCGUGGCUUUUACCAAAGCAGGUGGGCGCCUCGGUCACGGCGGUGGAUAUUAUGAUCGAUUUUUGAAGGAGUACUUCGGCAAACACCCGAACGCACCGCAACACACCACCCAUCUGGUGGGGAUUGGAUUUUGCGAACAAAUUGUGUCCGCUGGUGGGAUGCCUUCCGACGAGCACGACGUAUCGAUUGACUGUAUUGUGACGGCGGAUUAA